GCAGCCCAACCUCAAGCAUGCUGAAAGCAAGUGAUGGUCUCCCUCUGGAGACUACUAGAUCACCUUUUUUCCGCAGCCUUGUCAUGGCAACCUACGGACUGAGCUGCACUCAGCCAAUGUUUAUCCCUCCAUCAUAUGCUGACCUUGGCAAAGCUGCCAGAGAUAUUCUCAACAAAGGAUUUGGUUUGGGGUUGGUGAAACUGGAUGUGAAAAAGUCAUGUAGUGGCAUGGAAUUCUCAACAUCUGGUUCAUCUAAUACAGACACUGGUAGAGUUACUGGGACCUCGGAGACCAAGUAUAAAUGGUGUGAGUAUGGUCUGACUUUCACAGAGAAAUGGAACACUGAUAAUACUCUGGGAACGGAAAUUGCAGUUGAAGACCAGAUUUGUCAAGGUUUGAAACUGACAUUUGAUACCACUUUUUUACCAAACACAGGAAAGAAAAGUGGUAAAAUCAAGUCUUCUUACAAGAGGGAAUAUAUAAACCUUGGUCAUGAUGUUGACUUUGAUUUUGCUGGACCUGCAUGCCAUGGUCCAGCUGUCUUUGGUUACGAGGGCUGGCUUGCUGGAUACCAGAUGCCCUCUGACAGUGCCAAAUCAAAGCUGACAAGGAAUAACUUUGCAGUGGGCUACAGGGCUGGGGACUUCCAGCAUGUCAAUGAUGGGACAGAAUUUGGAGGCUCAAUUUAUCAGAAAGAAUGUGAAGAUCUUGACACUUCAGUAACCCUUGCUUGGACAUCAGGUACAAGCUUCACUUGCUUUGGCAUUGCCGCUGAAUAUCAGUUGGAUCCCACUGCUUCCUUUUCUGCAGAAGUCAACAACUCUAGUUUAAUUGGAGUGGGCUGCACUCAGACUCUGAGGCCUGGUGUGAAUAAGCUCACACUGUGUGCGCUGGUAGCUGGGAAGAGCAUUAAUGCUGGAGGCCACAAACGUGGGCUUGCCCUGGAGCUGGAGGCUAAAUGCAGCUGAAAGAAACCUCUGGGAAU